CGCCCCACGGUCUGCAAGCAUCUCAGACGAGCAGCAGCAGCGGCGGCGGCGGCGGUCUAUCGCGAUGCCUCUCUGACUCGCCCAACCUCCCUCUCGGUUUCUCCAUCUAAUGUGAAACACCCAGACCUGGUCCACUGCACAUUUAUGUCUCAGUUCAACAAAUUCAUUUGGAGCCGUCUGUUGUUAGAAUGCGUCCAGGAGCGCGUCCUCCUCCUCUCGACGCUGUGCAGUCCUCUCUGUGUCUGUGUCUCUUAGUUUUCCUCCACUGUGUUCAGGCUGCUGUGCCUGCAGGCGGUGUUUACAAUGGAGAAAACAAGCAGGGUUCACUGAGGAGCAUCCUUGAGCACGUACAGAGUUAUGAGAUUACUUAUCCCACAUGGCUGCAUCCUCACAGACACAGGAGGUCUGCCAACAAAGAGCAUCCUACAGAGGCACUGGUUCUGAUCUCAGCUGAGGGUCGGGAGCUCCAACUACACCUGGAGAAAAAUGAGCAGCUAUUGGCCCCUGGAUAUCAGGAAAUAUGGUACACUCCUGAUGGAGCCCGCAAGUCCUCCUCUCCUGCCAGCACUGGACACUGUCUCUACCAUGGGGAGGUUCUGGGCAUGGUGGGUUCAAGUGUUGCUGUUAGCACAUGUUCAGGACUCAGGGGACUGAUUUCUCUGAACACAAGCGUCAGCUACCUGAUAGAGCCUCUUCCUGCUUCCACGGAUGCACAGCAACACGCUGUGUUCAGAGCCGAGAGUCUCCAUCUAUCCGGAGGUAGCUGCCUGCAUCACUACGGCAACAAGGAGCAUGGGGAGGGGCUUAAUGACUUCAUCCAUGGAAUGAUGUCACCACGGAGCGUGAGGGAAAAAAGGGACCUGAGCCAGAAUAUGAAGUAUGUAGAGCUGCUGAUAGCAGCAGACAAGGCUGAGUUUGAGAAGCAUGGAGGAAGUCUUGACAAGACCAAACUGAAAUUACUGGAAGCGGCCAACUUGGUUGACAAGUACUACAAGGCUUUAAACAUUCGUGUGGCAUUAAUUGGUAUGGAGGUGUGGACAAGCCAGGACAUGAUCAGCAUGUCAGACAACCCUCACAGCACUCUGGCAGCAUUCCUGUCCUGGAGACGCAAACAGCUCCGCGUGCUCCCCAAUGACAACGCUCAGCUCAUCACGGGGAGGUCUUUCCAGGGCACCACUAUCGGCCUGGCACCUCUCAAAGCCAUGUGCUCUGACUACCAGUCGGGUGGAGUGAACACGGACCACUCAGAGUCAGCUGUGGGUGUAGCUGCCACCAUGGCGCAUGAGAUGGGCCACAACUUUGGUAUGAGCCACGACAGUAAAGGCUGCUGUCAGGCGAAGGCUGAAGACGGAGGCUGUAUCAUGGCUGCUGCUACCGGGCAUCCAUUUCCUCGUGUGUUUAACGAUUGUAACCUGAAGGAGCUGAAGAGCUACCUGGGCUCUGGAGGCGGGAAGUGUCUCUUCAACUUGCCAAACACCAGAUCCAUGUAUGGAGGGCAGCGCUGCGGCAAUGGUUACCUGGAGGACGGAGAAGAAUGUGACUGUGGAGAAGAAGAUGAGUGCACCAGUCCUUGCUGUAAUGCCAACAACUGCACUCUGAAAGCUGGAGCUGAGUGUGCCCAUGGUGUCUGCUGUCAGAACUGCAAGUUGAAGAGCCCAGGUGUGCUGUGUCGUGCUCCCUCAGGGUCGUGUGACCUGCCAGAGUACUGCGAUGGGAAAGCAGAGUCUUGUCCUGCUAAUUUCUAUUUGGUGGAUGGUACAUCUUGCGCAGGCGGGCAGGCCUACUGUUACACCGGCAUGUGUCUGACCCUGGAGCAGCAGUGUCGGUCUCUGUGGGGACGAGAUGGCCUUCCGGCCCCUGACCUGUGUUUUCAGAAGGUAAACGAAGCUGGGGACAUGUUCGGGAACUGUGGUAAAGAUCUUCUUGGGAAAUACAGGAGCUGUAAGGACAGAGAUGCUCAAUGUGGGAAAAUCCAGUGUUUAACUUCAGCUUCCAAGCCCAUUGAGAACAAUGCUGUUCGCAUAGAAACCACUGUCAAUUUGGGCCACAAGAAGAUCCACUGCAUGGGAACACAUGUGUACAAGGAUGGGCAGGGGGAUGAAGAGGCACAGGGCGAUACUCUGGACCCUGGUCUGGUCAUGACGGGCACCAAGUGUGGUGAUGACUCGAUUUGCUUUAAUGGAGAAUGCCGCAAUGCAUCUUUCCUCAGAGCUGAUGAGUGCAAUGCCAAGUGCCAUGGACACGGGCUGUGCAAUAACAAUCAUAACUGCCACUGUGAUGUGGGCUGGGCUCCUCCUCUGUGUGACCAGAGUGGGUCAGGGGGCAGUGUAGACAGCGGACCUGUCAUCAGCCACAGCAAUCUCCUUCCAGUCCUGUUGGUCCUACCCCUGGUUCUCUUUGUGGUUUUGGCUGCUGUUGGACUGUGGUGCUGCUAUAGACAUAAACUUCACCCACUGAAAACCUCUGCUCCACCUCCAGUGCCAAAUUGUUCAGUCCCAGUUGAGGGACAUGCCAACCCGACAUUCUUGCUAAAAAAACAGGAGUUGGGGAAACCCUCUCCUCGUCCGAGCCCGUCUUGCCCGACUCGGUCCAGGCAUGCUAUUGUGCGUCCAGCAGUGAAGCCUCCUCCCGUACCUGCGUAUGCUGCAGAGCAGAAACAGCUGAUGGCUCCAACUCAGAUCCUGCCUGUAGCCGAUUCUACUAAGAGACAAUACUCUCCUCAGGCUUAUGUUUCACCUCCUCUUAAAUCUGAUCAGAGACAAAACCAGGCUCCGCCACCACCCUCAGGACCUCCACCUUUACCUUCUCUGGAUACCAAAACCCAUUCACCGCAUUCAGCAGUACCCAAACCCCGACCAGACCCCCCAAAUAGACCUCCACCGCCUUUACCUGUCAACAAGCCAUCUGUGGAGCAGCAACAAAUCAAAGGCGUGCAUAUUACUACUAAUGCCCUGCAACGAGGAAAAGCUGCUUUGGCUCCAUCUGCUGGACAGAGAAAGCCAAACAGAACCUAAGAGCUCAGGGAGAUAUUGGGGACCACCACUUGCAUCCAGUAAUGGACUACUUGAUUCUCUGUGGAUUACAGUGUACACUGAUGUGUGCUGAGGGAAAUUUGUAGAAUUACAUGAGUACGUUUUAAGUCUUAUGUUUUAAGAUUUAGGCUUAAUCUGUGUUUUAUAAAUUAGCCUAAUGUGUCUGCAACUUGAAACAGCCAGAGCUGUGAAUUUAAGAACUUUUUUUGUUUUUAUUGUCUCACAAAUGAAUGGAAAUGUGAAAUUGUUACAUGUGUACAGCAGUGUUGAUACACUGUUCCGGGAGUAUUUAUUCACAAAGAAAAAUGAAUGUUUACAAUGUAGCCUGUAAAGGGAUAUCUUAUAUUAAGAAAAUAUGCCAAUGUUGAAGUGCUUACGCUUCUUUUGUGUGAAUAAGGAUGGGAUUUUAACUGGACCAACAGGGACCAGUGAAAGCCCUUCAUGCAUGCUGUAAGUAUAUGCUUAUGAUGAGAGAUACAUGUCUGAUAUGUAGCAGGAAAUGUUAGGGAUUUUUCAGUUGCACUGCAUUAUUAGUUUUGUUUUAAUGAUUUUAUAUUGUGAUGUUACACUUUGAGCACCCCCUGAAGGUGUUAAAGGUAGCUGUUAAAAUAUCCUUCUACAAAAGUACCCACUAGUAAAAGUCAUGUUUCAAGCCUACAGGAGGUGAGUAUUUGAUACCAAAAAAUAUUCUGGGUGAAGUAUCACUUUAAGGUUACCAUUGAUUAAGUUGUCCAGUAAAAUUUCAAAUUAGGAGCAAAAAUGAAUCAAAUGUAUCAGUUAAAUAUUUCAAAAUUGCACCAUCAGUUUAAAUAAUUUUUCAUGUUGGUCCAAAGAUGUCAAAAAAAAAAAAGUUCCCUCAUGACCAAAAUGCUAUAAUGCUACUCUAUCUGAGAAGACUAUAUUAUGAAACUGGAGGUGAUAACUUUGGCAUUACUGUAAGGUACUGUAAAAAUCCUGGUCCAUUUGAGUGCUUGGGGCAAAGAACUGGUUUAAUCUGUAAUGUGGAAACACAGUCUGUCAGCUGCCAUGUUUUAUCUUCUUAUCAGACCUAUGCAAAUCCUGACACUGUGCAACACUGUCUUCAACUGGAAUUCAAAUACAUGGAAAAAUAAAAACAUGAUAUUAUACAUUUUAA